GAGUCGAGCCGCCGAGACGCUAUCUGGUCGCUUAGCAAUGGCUCAGCAAGGCCCCAACAUGAACAUGGCGCAAAGCCGGGAGCUUCAGGCCAAGGCGUAUUUAGAAAAACAUCGGAUCAUGGAGUUACUGAACCAACUUACUAGCUCCCUCCUCUUUGUCCGACCAAAGAAACCGCGAGAGUACUUAAUCUCUCUUUUGGAGCGGCUGAGAAUCGCAAAGUUAACAGGUGUACCGUUUCCUUUCUUUAUGGACCACUCCAACAUCCUGGCAAUGUUUGAGAUGAUGGACACCUCGGGCCGAGGCUGCAUAUCAUUUGUGCAGUAUAAAGGAGCUCUAAAAAACUUGGGUCUGUGUACUGAAGAUGAAGUUCUGAAUGAUGAUGGACAUAUAAUAACUUUGGAAAAAUUCAGGGAUGAAGUGAACAGGAGGAUGGAGAAAAUAUGGGCAUCGUUUUAGUGACAUCUUAACUCAAGAUAAUAAAUGAUUCUACCAAGUU